GUGAAGUGCAUGCCUGAAGACCUGUGGGACCUCGAUGACUCGCAGGAGCGCAGGCCAUUUUUCGUGAGAACGCCCCUCCCAACGGAAUGGGAGCGAUUCGAUUAUUAUGCGAGGAAAGUGAAAGCCAUCGUUAUCGGGUCCGAAUUUGACCACGAAGACCUCAUCGCGGACGUCUGCGCGCGGGGGAAGAAUCCCUUGUUCCCUAAACUGUGCGCCGUUAACAUGUGGCUCGUUUCCGAUACGUUCUCGUACUUGCCAUUCUUCCUGACCCAUCAUGUGCGCCAAGUCCGCAUUUAUGUGAAGUGCGAGUGGUCCGGGAGAGGCCUGAACCGCUUCCUCGAUUUCUUGCAACAACGGACUUCGAGGGUGGAAUCUGUACGUCUCGAAUAUGAGGAGGAUGUAGACGUGCCGUACGCUCCUCUGUCUGACUUCGUCACUCCUCUCGAAUGCCUAAACACGUUCGAGUGGGACAUCCCGUUGCCCUGGACGGACGUAUGGGAGCUCGCGAAACUGCCGAAUCUCCAUACUCUGAAGCUGACAGUCAAGGAUCCCGCUGUCAACCUGCACGGCUCCCCUUUACUUCCCUUCCCGGCACUGCUGGAUCUCGACCUUACAAUGGAGACUAUGGAAGGCUGCCUGAAUUUCCUGGAUGCUCUCCGGCACCGCCCCUUACAUUCGCUCGUGAUAGAGGGCGAUCGCACAGCACUGGACGACAUCCCUUCCCUAAUACAGUAUCUCUCCCAGCCUCGCCUAACCGAAUCGCUGAAAAUCAUAGUCAUAAACGGUACCCUCGACGCUUUGUGGGUCCCAAUACCAUUCGAACGCUUUCGGCCCCUUCUUUUACUCAAACACCUC